GAAAAAAGAAAAAAGAAAAAAGAAAGUCGUCGUAAUUACAUUUGAUCCCCGCCACUGGCAACUCCCCCCCAGUCUCAAGCUCCCCGAAACUCCGCCUUAAGAUCGGCGUUCACUGAACUGGAUUUUGCGCCUUCCAAUCUACGUUCUUACCCACACUUAAUCCCUAUCCACACCCAUAUUUAUUUUUAUUCUCAUUUCCUUCAUAAUUCUUCAAAUUUUGGAUAGAUCUAAAGACGAUGGCAGCGAUUUACAGCCUCUACAUCAUCAAUAAAUCUGGUGGUUUGAUCUUCUACAAGGAUUAUGGGUCUGCUGGACGAAUGGAUACGAAUGACAGUUUGAGAGUGGCGAGUUUGUGGCAUUCUAUGCAUGCCAUUUCCCAGCAGCUUUCGCCUAUAGCUGGUUGUUCGGGUGUUGAACUUCUUGAAGCUGACACUUUCGAUCUCCAUUGCUUCCAGUCACUCACUGGGACAAAGUUUUUUGUUGUGUGUGAACCUGGGACUCAGCACAUGGAGAGUCUUCUGAAGUACAUUUAUGAACUAUACACAGAUUUUGUAUUGAAGAAUCCAUUCUACGAGAUGGAGAUGCCUAUACGGUGCGAGCUCUUUGACAUCAACCUAGCGCAGGCAGUGCAAAAAGAUCGUGUUGCUUUGCUUGGCCGAUGAGCUUAGGAUAUCCUUCAUUUUGUCAGUAUUAAAUUCAAGAAAGAAAGGCUCAUGAUAUCAUUGUGCAGAAUACUUGAUAAUUUACCAUCCUUAAUGCUAAAUGUACUCCGUUCCUAGUGAUUCAUGUGAGAUUUGGUGGAAAUAGAAUGUUUCUUUUCAGUGUUGUUCAUCAGGAAGUCGGGGUUAGUUUUAUGCCCAUUUUUUGUCAUGUAUACAGAUGUGGAUCCAGUUAAAUGACAGAGCAAUGUUAUAAGCUUUUGGGAUAUGGUUAAUUUAAGCAGCCAAAGUACUUACAUUUUA